GUUCAACCCAUUGUGACAACAACGAGCACCAAUUCUCCUCCCGUGCAUGAUUGAAGCAAAGCACGAAUUCAUCUGUCAACAUGGCGUCUGGCUACGGCUUGACUGGUGGUGUCUCACGAUGCUUUCCCUUCUGGCAAGAAUACAUGUCAUGCUAUGUGAUCAAUCAGAAUGAUCCCGAAGCGAGGAAACAGGGUGUCUGUGCGCCGCGAUUAGAAGAUUAUUACGAAUGCCUACACCACAAGAAAGAGUAUGCACGCGCAAUGGCGAUUCAAAUAGCGCUCCGGAAAGCCCAAGCAGCAAGCCCUCGAGAGAAUGCACCCAAGGUCGGGCAGAUACAGAGUCUUGGUUUAAUCGGCAAGGAGGACGAAACAAAGGCUAUACUACAACCCAAUGCAUCAUGAACAGAAGGGUAAUACUCUGGAUGGGAUCGAUCCCGGGGCGAAUGGCAAUUGUCGUGGAGUAGAGAAAAGACUACGAUAUGUACAUAUGGAACAACGGGCAGGCGAACAAAUGAACAAGAAAUUAUGCAUCAAUGGGAUGGGCGCGAUGAUAACGCAGCCUGCUAGGCAUCACCUAUCAGUGCACAAGGGCAGAGCAAAGUCUUUCUCCCCUUCAAUAGGCCCAGGUCUCGACUAGCGACAUCUACUGCCAUCACGGAACUACCUGGAUCAGACGAUUUCUUGUUUGGGCAUCGAUCUCUACGAAGGGUGACGAGGCCAUGUGUCAUAAUCGUCUGUAUCUGAUCAAGUUUCCAGGGUAGCAUUCUAAAGGAUUUAUCGCAUCAUACUUGAAACAUGAUGGCC